AUGGCAGACGUUCCGCAAUCAAAUGCAUUGUCGCCAUCAGACGACGAGGCUGUCGUCAAGGAAACGAUCUGCUUUAUCAGUCAGUACCUUUCAAGUGUGCGUAUCAAGACGUAA